AUGGAACCAGGAAACAAUACAAGAAUUUCAGAAUUCCUCCUUCUGGGAUUCUCAGAGGACCCAGCACUGCAGCCCCUCAUCUUUGGGCUUUUCCUCUCCAUCUACCUGGUCGCUGUGCUGGGGAACCUGCUCAUCAUCCUGGCCACAAUCUCAGACUCCCACUUGCACACGCCCAUGUACUUCUUCCUCUCCAACCUGUCCUUUGUGGACAUCUGUUUGGUGUCCACCAUCAUCCCAAAGAUGCUGGUAAACAUCAAGACGCAGAACAAGGCCAUUACCUACGGAGGCUGCAUCACCCAGAUGUGCUUUUUCUGGGUUUUUGUAGAGUUGGACAGCUUCCUCCUGGGUGUGAUGGCCUACGACAGGUUUGUGGCCAUCUGUCACCCACUGCACUACUCUGUCAUCAUGAAUCCUAAGCUCUGUGGUUUGCUGGUUCUGGUGUGCUGGAUUCUGAGUGUCCUGCAUGCCCUGCUACAAAGCUUAAUGGUGUUGCGACUGACCUUCUGCACACAUUUAGAAAUCUCCCACUUUUUCUGUGAACUCAACGAGGUGGUUCAACUUGCCUGUUCUGACACCUUCCUUAAUGACCUGGUAGCAUAUUUUGCACUUGUGCUUAUGGCUGUUUGUCCCUUUACUGGCAUCCUUUACUCCUACUCCAAGAUAGUGUCCUCAAUCCGUGCAAUCUCAUCAGCUCGGGGCAAGUACAAAGCCUUCUCCACCUGUGUGUCUCACGUCUGCGUGGUCUCCUUGUUUUAUAGCACAGGCUUUGGUGUGUACCUCAGUUCUGUGGCAACCCACGGCUCACACUCCAGUUCAACAGCCUCAGUGAUGUACACUGUGGUCACGCCCUUGCUGAACCCCUUCUUGUACAGUCUGAGGAAUAAAGAUGUAAGGAGAGCCCUGAAAAGUCUCUUUGGAGGCAAAAUAUAA